UGCGGCGGCGUGGCUGAGGGUCGUGCAGAGCUCGGCUACUGCGAGCGUGUGAGCACAUGGCCGCGACUGCUGUGCUCGUGGUGCUGCUGACCGCCGGGCUGUGCUCGAUGGUGGCAGGAACCCUGGUGGACGGCGCUACACGGCUCGCCGGCGCCGCGAUGGGCCGGGCGCGCGAUGCGGCCAAGGGCGCGCGCCUGCUACUCAGCGCCGCCCUGCGCGCUGGUCAGCAGGCGGUGAAGGAGGCCGUGGCUCCAGACACGCCGUGCUACGAGCCGCUGGGCUGCUUCUCCAUGGCGGCUCCGUGGUGGUCCCUCUCCCGGCUCGUGCCAGCGCCGCAGUCGCCGGAGCAGGUCCGCACCAGGUUCUACCUGUACACCAGAACACAACCGAGACGUUAUGAAAUACAGACGAGGCCUGAUGUGACUGUGGAAAAGCCCUAUUACAAUUCCAACCGGAAAACUGUAGUUAUCACUCACGGAUACAUGAGUGGUGGAAAUGAGCGAUGGUUGGAGAAUAUGAAAACUGCGCUACUUCACAAGGUAGACGCCAACGUGAUCAUAGUGGAUUGGGGAAAUGCCGCCACCAAACUCAACUACUUCCAAGUGGCCGCGAACGGCCGAGUCGUAGCUGCAGAAAUUGCCAGGGUUUGCAAGUAUCUCAUGACGAACCUGAGCAUGUCCCCGUCCAGUUUUCACAUGAUUGGCCACAGCUUGGGAGCCCACAUAAUGAGUUACGUGAGCAGUUACGAGAUUAAGAUAGGCAGGAUUACAGGCUUGGACCCCGCAGGAACGCUGUUUGAAGGGAACUCUUCGGAGCUCCAUCUCGACUCGUCUGAUGCCGCAUUCGUCGACAUCAUCCACACUGAUGCAAGGCCACUGAUCCCAAAUUUAGGAUUAGGGAUAAUCAAGCCAUACGGUAAUAUUGUUUCCAGGUUUAAAUAA